CGGCCAUGGCGGUGUCGGCAGCGGCCCGGCGUCGAUGGCGGUGGCUUCGAGGCGUCCUGGCGGCGGCGCUGGGGCUCGGGACCGCCCGGGUGUCGGCCUUGGAGGUGUUCACCCCGGCGGAGGCCUUCGCGGCCAACGGCACGCAAGUGAAGCUCGAGUGCACCUUCAAAUCGGAAAACGUGGUCACCAGCUCCACCUCGUUCUCCUGGAGCUUCCUGGCGGAGGGCCAGCCCUACCCCGUGUCGUUUUUCCACUACUCCCAAGAAAAGGUGUACCUGGGGGAUUACCCCCUCUUCGCGGGCAGGGUCACCUGGGCCGGCAACAUCAACAAGAACGACCUGUCCAUCAGCAUAGACAACGUACAGUUCAAGCACAAUGGCACCUACAUCUGCGAUGCCAAGAACCCGCCUGACAUCGUGUCCCAGCCGGGCCACAUCCGGCUCCUCGUGGUGAAGAAAGAGAACCUGCCCGAGAAGCAGAAGAACUUCCCCAUCUGGGAGGUGGUGGGCAUAGUGACCGCCGUGGUCCUGGGCUUCACGCUGCUCAUCGUGAUCAUCCUGGCCGUCUGCUCCCGCAAGAGGAACAAUAAGAGAGAUUACACCGGCUGCAGCACCUCAGAGAGCUUGAUGUCACCGGUUAAGCAGGCUCCGCGGAAAUCUCCCUCCGACACAGAGGGGCUAGUAAACAGCCUGCCUGCUGGAUCGCACCAGGGCCCAGUCAUAUACGCGCAGCUAGACCACUCCGGAGGCCAGCACAGCAACAAGAUCAACAAGUCAGAGUCGGUGGUGUACGCCGACAUCCGGAAAAAUUGAGAGAGCCUCCCUCCCCCGACCCCCUCCCCCACCGGACCCCCCGAGCCCAGGUUCCGGCCGAAAUCAUUCGAAGAAAAGGGGACCCGGAAAACCACCCCGCGGCCUCAGAGACAGAAGCCGGGACCCGGCACGGGGAAGCUCCCCGUGGGCCAGAGGGGGAUCUAUCUGUGUGUAUGAAUUGUAUUUAUAAAUGUUCUAUUUAACCGAA